AUGUCGGCGCUGGUGCGGGAGGACGAUUUACUGCGUGACGAUCUUACGUCGGAGUCCACAGAAGUCAAGUUGAAGCAUAUGACGCGGAUCGUGAAGGCCCGCGCGACGAGGCUGUCGUACUGCUCACUCUUCCUGCACGCAGAGCGCUAUAAGCAGGCCAUGGCGCUCAUGAAACGUUUACGACAUCCCGACCUGACUGACGAAGAAAUCUCAGAGAUCCAGGAAAUUGUGCAAAUCUCUGAGGAACGCGAGAAGAAGUGGAAAGAGAGUAAGAAGGAGGAGAGACGUCCGAUCGCGGAGAAACGCGCGGAGGCGGCACUGAAGUUGCAGGCCCUGAAGAGGCGGCAAGAGGACUUGAAGAAGGCACAGUGGAGAAGGCGGUUUUGCGAGAUUGCAGACAACCCGCCAUUUCAGUGCUCAUCUUUACCGAAGCCACCCGAACCCAUGGAAAACCACGAUUAUGCAGUUCAAGCACCCGCUCCCGUUCCUAAUGAAGACCAAACUCAUGCUACAGUUUUUGACUCUCCUGCCUCACUUUCUGGCGAAGGAGAAGGGGAAGAAGAGGACGAGGAGGCGGAAGAGGAAGAAGUUACAAAUAUGGAAACAGACGAAGAGCCAGGAUUGGAAGAAGAGGCAGACGCAAAUGUUGCCGACGAAUCUUCUCUCUGUGUGCCCGAAGAAGAGGAAGAAGAAGAAACAUUUAUUGCGGAAGAAGGCGAAGAAGCGAGUCAACAGGGGCAUGAGGAGGAGGAAGAAGAAGAAGUGAUAGAAGCAGAGGAAGUGGAAGGAGGAAAAGAAGGAGCUGGAGAAAGACCACAAGGCGAAGAAGAAGAUGAAGAGAUGGAACAAGACGAGCAGAUGCAAGACACUUGCGAAGAAGAGAAGGUUGCUGCCGAAGAAACUUUCUAUGACGCCGAAGACUCAAUUGCAGCUGUUGAAGAACAGCCUUUGGAAGCGUCGGAAGAAGAAACGGCCGUUCAAAAAGAAGGUGAAGAAUGCAAAGCUGUUGCUCGUGAUGAAGAAGAAACUCUGGAAGUAGUCCAAGAGAUUCCUGCAGACGACCAAGUUGUCCCCGUGCCUGUCCCCGAGGAAUUGAAGCGAGAAGAGGAGGAAGAUGAGAAACCAGCCCAGAUGGAGUUGCAGGUACCAGCUGCAGUUGGGGAUGAGGCAGAGGAGGAGAAAGCCGCCGGAUCAGAAGCCGUGGCGGAGACUGAAGUCGACGUGGAUCUCCAGAAGCCAGACAGCGUGGAAUCGCAAGACGAGAACGCCUUUCUCCUCGCCCUGGAGCAGGACAACGUGCCGCCGGUCGAGGACAUGCACAUGGACGACACCCACAUCCGAGAUCCCUAUGACAUCUCAUCGGAAGAGUCGGACGCGCACGUGGAGCCACUGUCGAUCGGGCUGCGCACGCGGUCCUUGCGAGCAGAGAAGCGCCUCCUGUCCAAGUCUAGCGAGGAGGAAGAGGCCGACGAAGAGGCGGAGAGCCUGAGUCUGCGGCCGUCGAAACGCCACUCUCCGUCCAAGAAGAGCUGGAAGGUGGGCAAGACGCCGCGGGACGAGGACGAGGACAGGACCCGCGGCGUCCGACGUCGCUCGGUCAAGGAAGAAACCUCUUCGGAACUCGUCGUCGUCUCCACUUCCGCUGCAGCCACAAUGAAGACGUCCAAAAAUGUAGGAGGUAGCAGCAGCACGAGUAGGAGGAGGAGUAGCAGCAGUGCGGAUGACAAGGAGCGGCAAGAGGCGAAAAGUGAGGAGGAGGAGGAGGAGGAAGAAGAGGCCAUCUCGGUCCUGCUUGCACCCACGCCGCGAACCUACGCUGGCCGCAACCUGGAUGCCGGCUCGGUAUGCAACAACAACAACAAUGACGACGACGACAGCAGUGUGGCGUCGGCGUCGUCGACCACGGCGAGGCACGAAUUGCUGCUGCCGUCGUCGCCGGCGGGGCUGUCGACGACGUCGUCGACGCAGAGCGAAGAGCGGGAACGAAGUCGAAUCCGAAAGGUGUUGCUUGGUGUGCACGAGCAGAUCGCCAAUCACAAGUUUGCCAACCAGUUCCUGCAGCCGAUCAAGGAGAGCGAGGCCCCGGACUACAGGAGUUUCAUCAAGCAGCCCAUCGACUUGACGUCGAUCAAGCGGAAGAUUGAUUCGGGCGAGAUCCGAACCCUGGGCGAGCUCGAGUUCCCGAUCUACCUCAUGUUCGCCAACUGUGCCAUGUACAAUGGGGACGAGGGCGUCGUGGCUGAGCGAGCCAAGGCCAUGAGAGACCACGCGUUGAUGUGCAUUGAGACCAACAGGCAGUACCUGGACACCGGCGUGGUUCAGGGCAGCGGUGGCGACUCAAGGAGUGCUGCCGUCGCCGCCGCCACCACCUCGGGAAGUAUCCUGUCGUCCUUGUCGAGUCACCACCACCACCAUCAUGGGGCUCAUACACCGGGCACGAGUGUCCGGGUCACGAGGAGACGCACUAACGGCUCGUGGUUGGAAAUGGAGGCCGAGGUGAGUGAUGAUUCGGAUAGUGACCGGAGUGUGGACAUGUUCGAUCGGUCAGCUGCACUGAAGGUGAAACAGAAACUAUUCGAAUACAGUCAACUGAAAAGUUCUCUCAAGAAGCUGACUAGCUUCAAUGAACUGCUGAGAACAUCAAGGAGUCGCAGCGAUGUGGAGUUUGGAGAAGCGGAGACGAAACUGAGCGACAUUAAAGCAAGUUUAGCAUCUACAGCUCACAAAAAGGUGGAAAUUGAAAAGGAACUUCUGAAACUGAAAGAAGAGAUUGAGAGUCUGACUGAAGAAGAGAAGGCAUUGGAGAUUGAAGAGGAAGAACUGCGGAAAUACGUUGAUUCUUUGAAGGAGGACUCGAAGCAAAAUACCGAGGGCUGGGCCAUUGAAAAAAAGACCAGUUCCAUCUCGAAAGACCGACUUCGGGCUUCUGCCAUGGAAGGAGAAGCCCGCACCUCUAGCAUCGAAGUCAAGAAACUCAAACGGGAUCUGCAAGAAUUGACCAGAACUGUGAGCACGAAACAAAAAGAUUUCAAGCAGAUGAAGUCAUCCAUUCCCCAAGUCGCCGCCAGGGUGAAGCAAAUAAGUAGUGGUGGGGUUGAACUCUCCCCACAAGAAAAGGUGGCGAUGGAAGCGCUUGAUUUGCUUUUGGCGUCCCGUGAAACGUGCGACAGUCCGGAAGCGGGCUUCGUUUUGGAUGAAGAGGAUGAGGAGUGCGUAAACGAGGUGUCCACAACUGUUUCACGCAACGAGGAAAUUGAAGGCGAAAUGUCUUCUUCCACUUCUGACGACAGCGAUUGAAAUCAUGAAGUGUCGUUCUUUUUUUUUUAAUUGCUCUGCAGAUUGCGUUAUUUCAGGCUGUGAGAAUAUAUUGCCAACACGAGUCCA